AUCGGACGACAGAGGCCAACCCGGAAGUGUUGCUAUGGCGGUGGUGCCUCCCUUCAGUGACCUAGUCUCCGUGUUGGAAACCUACCGGGGCAGAGACCGAGUGAUGCGCACCAUCUCUUAUGGCUGCCAGCUGGCUGGAGGGAUUUUGGUGACCAGAAGACAACCUGGGGAGGCAUCGCUUGGCCAAAGCCUUCUGGCUGUCUCAGCACAACUGAGCCACUGCCGAACAGUUCUACGCCUUUUUGAUGACCUAGCCAUGCUUUCCUAUAGCUGCCAGUAUGGACUGGGGAACAAGGAGGAGGAUGGGGCAGUGCGCUGGCUUUCCAUCUUCAGCAAUGUAGCUGACCAGCUUUAUUACCCCUGUGAGCAUAUGGCCUGGGCUGCUGAUGCUGAAAUUAUUCAUGCCCACUCAAAUAGGUGGUGGACACUCAGUACAACUCUAUGGGGCUUUUCUCUGCUGCUGGGAACUGCACGAUCUCUCAGAAUUUUAUUACUCUUAAGAAGAAAGCAGCAUACAGAAUCCAGCAGGGACUUCUUUCAGAAAGCAAAGGCUGAAAUGCACAUGGAAGCCUUGACCAUCAUCAGAAACCUGGCUGACCUGGCCAAUGCCAUCCAUUGGUUGCCCUCAGGAGUUCUGUGGGCUGGAAAAUUUUCUCCAUGGUUUGUGGGCCUCAUGGGAAGCAUUUCUUCCUUCAUUGGGAUCUAUCUACACUAUGAAAGGGGCAGGUGUGCAACGGUUUGAACAGCAACUUCACAGCAUCAUAUGGGGAAAAGGGCUACCACAGAAAUUCAUAAAUUGUUAUAUAAUCUCUCUUGAAAUGGGCAGAGUAACUCCUAUUAUGGUGGAGGCUGGAUCAGUUUUAGGUGCUUCUAUUUAAAAAAUGGUGCUGUUUUUAUAUAAAUCAUAGGCACUUUCUUGGAGGAUCCAUUUGUGAGAGUUUACAGAGUUUAGUUGACCUGCUUCACUCUGUAAUUCCUCAAGGAGCAGGUAGCUGCCGUGCCUAGUUAAAUAAUUUGGCUACCUUUUUUUUAUGUGAAAAAGAAUAGUCUGGCUGUGUGUACAGCAUUCUAAUGUGAAACAAUCAGAGUUGAUAAUAAAAGAUACAAUUCUACAAUU